GUUGACAUGAUGAAAGAAGCAUUAGAAAAACUUCAGCUCAAUAUAGUAGAGAUGAAAGAUGAAAACGCAACCCUGGAUGGUGGAGAUGUCUUAUUCACAGGCAGAGAAUUUUUUGUGGGCCUUUCCAAGCGGACAAAUCAACGAGGUGCGGAAAUCUUGGCUGAUACUUUUAAGGACUAUGCGGUCUCCAUGGUCCCUGUGGCUGACGCUCUGCACUUGAAGAGCUUCUGCAGCAUGGCCGGGCCUAACCUGAUCGCGAUCGGGUCCAGUGAAGCUGCACAGAAAGCCCUCAAGAUCAUGCAGCAGAUGAGUGACCACCGCUACGACAAACUCACUGUGCCUGACGACACGGCCGCAAACUGUAUAUACCUAAAUAUCCCCAGCAAAGGCCACGUCUUGCUGCACCGAACCCCAGAAGAGUAUCCAGAAAGUGCGAAGGUUUAUGAAAAGCUGAAGGACCAUAUGCUGAUCCCCGUGAGCAAUUCUGAACUGGAAAAGGUGGACGGGCUGCUUACCUGCUGCUCGAUUUUUAUUAACAAGAAGGCAGACUCCUGAGCCGCAGCCCCUCCCUGGUAGCCGGCAAUCCUGCACUCAUAAGGCCAAUAACUGUACCCACUCCUAUCGUUCUCAUUGACAAUCUCCUAGGCCACUGUGCUACUAACUCUGGUUCACAAUUCUAGUUUGAUUGCUUCGUUCUGCGCCUCCCCCACCCCCCACUCCCCUCGCGGUGGUACCUAAACUGUGGAUUUGCUAAAUGAAUUAAGCAAUCUAGAAAAUCUGGAGCUACUGAAUAACUGAAAUGGGAUUGAUAAUAGU